GGACUGUCACGCAGAGUUGCCUUGGAGAGCAGUAAUUGACUCUCAUGGCUAUGUUUUUUGCUUGAAAGAUAGUAGCAACAUGUCGCUUGACUUGAUAAGAGACUUCAGGGACACGAGAUAAAGUAGCUGCAGACUUUGAAACAACAGCCUGUUCAGUCUUCGCUGCUGGUCCUUGUUUUUUGAAAACACUGUAGAGUCUGCUGAGGUGUCCUUGAACUUGUUGAAACACAACCUCAAUUAUGCUAAAAAUUUGCCAGGUUAACAAAGGAGGGGAACGAGCCAGUUUGUUCUUUAGCAGAAAGUGUCUUUGCACUAGUUUUUGUUUUUCAAAUGCAAAUAACCUCAGUGCAAGGUGGGAGGCCUAGUAAUUAUCUCAGCCAGGUGGGGAAGGGGACAAUCUCCUGCUGAGGUCCCGAAGAAGAUCCCUCCUCGGAAGCUGUUAUUUGCAGUGGUGCCAAGCGCAGCAACCUCCUUUUCCAAGUGAGUCAUAGUUGGGCUUGCAGCAACUUUCCACGCUGCAGCGAUAAACUAGCAGGAAAUGGGAAACAAUUCCCUCGUUGCGGGAACCAGUGCUUCUCCCUCGAUAGAGGAACUCCACUAUCUCAGCUGAAUUUGCAACAAAACUUCCAUUUGGGGCAGCCACCAGUGCCUGCGCGUGUUGACUCUCACAAGUAAAUCCCAAUGCGUUCAGUGGGGCUUGCUCUUCCCGCAUUCGUUUGAUGUGAGGUUCACACCCACAGAACACUGGCUGGCUGAAUAAAUGGAGAAUGAGUCGGACCUUGAUUUUUCUGAGUUUUUAGCUGCUGAGCUGUGCAUCUGUGUGGAGCAGUAUCUACUCAAGAAGCGACCUGCUCAUCAUAUGUGAACAGGAAACUCGCAGAGCAUGAUGCUUUUGCCUCAUAGGAGGUUUUUAAACUAUGAGAUCCAGCUGAUUGAGUGAAGGAUGCAGUUCAGGAAAAAGCUGUGGUGCCUCCUGGCCCUCUGCCUUGUGUUUUUCCUUUGGAAGGUUUACAAGGCUGUGUAUAUGGACCCUUCGCCUUCCUCUGGAGAAUGGCCACUGAUGGAGUCUCCCUGGGAGGGAAAGAUGUGCAGCCAGAACAGGUGCACAGAGCAUAGCAAGUUGGACUGGUUUUGUGAUCACUUUGAUGCCUCAGUAAACUGCCUGCUGACUCUUAGAAAUCCAGAGGUCCCCUCGGAGGUUCUGCAGUGGUGGCUGAGGCUGCAAGGAUAUCAGGAUGGAAGCCAACUCCAGAAGAUAAUAAAGCACUUGUUUGACAUCCUUCACUCCCCUCCUGUUACAGCCCAGGAUUUUAGCCAGUGUGGAACAUGUGCUGUGGUGGGCAAUUCAGGGAGGCUGAAGGGCUCUAAAUAUGGAAAAAAGAUUGACUCUCACCACUUUGUGCUGAGGAUGAACACAGCACAAACUGCAGGCUUUGAGGAAGAUGUUGGUACAAGAACCACGCACCAUUUCAUGUACCCAGAGAGUGCUGUGAACCUGCAUGCUGGCGUCCAUCUUGUGCUCGUCCCCUUCAAACCUCUGGAUCUCAAAUGGCUAGCUAGUGCUUUUUCCUCAGGAGAAAUUAAGCGUACAUACCAAAGAGUCAAGCCCUUCAUUGAAGCUGACAAAAGCAAGGUCUUAAUACUGAACCCUGCCUUCCUAAAAUAUAUUCACGAUAAAUGGAUGAAGCGCUUUGGAAGGUAUCCAUCCACUGGAUUCGCCUCACUGCUUUUUGCUAUCCAUACUUGUAAACAGGUCUCUGCAUUUGGUUUCGGCGCAGACAGCAGAGGGAACUGGCACCACUACUGGGAAAAGAAUCGGUACGCUGGAGCUUUCCGCAGGACUGGAGUCCACAAUGCCACUUUUGAACUGGCACUCAUUGAGAAACUAGCAGUUGAAGGCAGAAUAUCAUUUUAUAAAUAGCUUGCUCCAGUGCCCCACAGACUUCAAAGUCACUAAUCCAAGAAAGAGGAACCCAAAUCCUAGGACCAAUGAUGGUCUUUUGAGCCACAAGAGAAACAAGGUGGAUGGAUUAGAGAUCAAAGACCUGGCGCAGGUAUGUAUGUAUAUACACAUACAUACACAUGUAACACCACUUCUGAACAGACUACUUUCUUAGCAAGAUGGUCAACUUGAAAUGUUUUUCUUUAAAUUUGGAAAACAGAGGCUAUCUCUGAUAGCUGACUUGGUGCUUCUCUUUCAUUGCAUUUUAUGGACAAUAUAGGAUGCUUUAUCCUUGGACAGAGAUUUCAAAAAGCUGAUAUUGACAGUACCUCCCAGGCCUACUUUUGUGCUAAAGCCACUGUUAUUUAAGUGGUUAAGAAAUGCUAAGUAUAAGGUAUCAGAGGAGCAGGGAAGCAAGCACAGAAUACUGAGCAAUAUUCUUGGCUGCAAUGCUAUUUGAUACAGAGUGUUGAAAUGUAAGUAAAAAGAAAGCAAAUAUUACACGACUUUAUUAAAACUUUUUCCUGAGAAUUUGGUCCAAACAAACAUCCUAAGGGUAGCACUGUGUACAAAUUAAAUAGAAAAUAUUUGUUUUACACAUGUAAAAGGUCUUGUGUUCCAUAUUCUUCAUUUCAUGAUCUAGAAGUUGAGAGAUAGGCCAACAUAUAAGACAAGUACUGAAAUCUAGGGUAUACAGCACUGCCACAAAAGAUGGUUGUUUAAAUUAAUCCCCCAUUUUACUUGUGAAGAGAGACUGAUGAUAGUUCCAGUCUUGGUACAAGUCCAGGGAUCUUCUUGGCACCCUCAAAAUGACCACUGACCAUUUGUUUUUAAUUCCUUCAAGUUCUUCAGAGGGGAUUGCACCUGAUAAUCUAUGUUGUUUUUCCAAGUUCUAUUUUCUUUUGAAUGACCCGAGCCGAAUGAUAGAUCAAAGAAUCAAUGAGUCCUGCCACUGGAAGAAAGAGGAAAGGAAGGUCAGGUUAUAUGUUCCAUAUUGACAGUGCAUGUAAAGGGGAAAUUAAAAAAGAAACCCCCCUCUUUUUUCCAAAAAGUUGCUUUGAGGUGUUCGGGGGGGGGGGAUUCCUAAACUUGUCAAAGCAGUGAGGAAAUUGUGCACUGCCCAAAGAGCCAUAUCACACAACCAAAAUCAGCUGCUCACUAAAUACUACUAGGAGACACUUUUUGAUAAGCCCCAUUCAGUUGCAUUUUUGCUCAUUUUGUAUGUAUAGAAAACAGAUGUACUAUAAUAUUUCAACAAUCAUUGUACUACUAGUGACGAUUCUGCCAUCUUUGUAAAAACAAGUUUUGAAAAUGCCUAGGAUGUAUUGAUCAAAACAUUAGCAAGCUAAACUUUAGAUCCAAGAUGGGUGAGAAGAACAAUUAAAAUAUUCAAAUACCUGUAAAUACCCCUCCAAUGAUGGCACAGACUCCUGUGAGAAAAUGUGUAAAGGACCUAUAUGGGGUGAGGGGGGGAAAAACAUUGAUUACCAUGUAAUGUGUACAUUAUGAAUGAACAAGUUAAAACUUUGGUGGGGGGGGAAUGAAACCCAUGGAUUACUGUAUUUAAUCUAAUGCUCACCUUUUUUGGCCAAAUCACGUUGCAAAAUUUAAGAUGCACAAUGGAUUCAAUGGUGCAUUAGACUUGAGUAAAUACAGUAAUUCAAUCCCACUUGACCAUGUCCAA